UGAAUUCUCUCCCUUAAAAAGCAAUACAAGAUGGCUGCUUCCAUCAAGCCAAAUCGUAAGAGGAAAGCUGCCGCGAAAAGCAAGAAAAAGGGAUGGAAAAAAGUCGAUAUUUCCGAGUUGGAAGAUUUUCUGGAAGAUGAGAGGCUGCAAGAAAGAACUGGUGGUCUUGUGGCAGACAAAACAGAUGACAGUCUGUUCUUCGUUGACAAGACUGUGAAAGAAAAGCCUGAAGAGCAAGAUGAUGACCCAGUUCAAAAAGGUGUUGUUCAAGUUCCUCUGAGGAGAAAUCAACGGAAAAACAGGUCACUUAGAUGUUUCAAUAACCUUGAACCUGACCCACACACCAAACCAGCUCAUAUACCUCACAACAUCCGGGCAAGGCCGAGGCUGUCGGUGCAGGAGAGGGACAGGCUAGCCAACAAGAAGCCAACAGCCAAAGAGCUGCAGGCCCAGAAACAGAGCACGGAUGCCCGAGCAGAAAGGAUUAAAAACAGAGUGGGGAGAUGGAACUUGAAAGUGAACGCUGACUUGUGGGAUGACCAGACUGCUGGCCAGGAGGAUGAGGAUGAGGAUGAACACUACCGCCUGGUCACCAAGAAGAGGAGAGUUAAUGUGCCAUCUUACUAUAACAAGAAGCCAACGAGUCUGCCAGCAGUCGAGGUGCCCCAUCCCGGAGCCUCCUACAACCCAGCAUAUGACGACCAUCAGGAUCUGCUGUGGAAGGCCCAUGAGGUAGAGGUGAAGAAGCAGAAGGCCAUCCAGAAGCUGUUCAACGCCUUGGAUGCCAAGUUUCCAUCUAAACACGAUGCACCAACACAGCAAACAUGGCUGGAAGAGAUGUCUGCCGGGCUCCACACGGACCCCAGCCGGGAGGACGAGGUCGCUUUGCCUACAGAGGACCUUGACAAGAUCUCCAUCAACCCCCCAGUCAGGAGGGAGGACCUCAAGACACGAAAACAGAGAAGGAAGGAGAGGGAGAGAAGAAUUGAGGCAAAGAGGUUAGCCAGAACCAAAGUGGUAAAGCAGAAGAAGAAUGAAUUUAACAGGUUGAAGUCCAUAAAGAAGGAAAUACGUAAGGAAGAGUUGGCAACGGAGGAACGCGCCAAACGUAAAGAGGAACAGCUUGAGAAGAAUAAAGACAAACCCAAGAAGCUUGGCAAACACAAAUAUGUAGAGCCUGACCUUGACCUUAAGCUUGGCGAGGAGUUGCCUGGGUCACUGAGGUUAUUGAAGCCUGAAGGCUAUCUCAUCAAGGACAUGUUCCACAGUCUACAGAAGCGGAACAUCAUUGAGACGAGGGAGAAGGCCAAGAAACCAAAGAAUAGGCGACCAAAGUUCUUUGAGAGGAAAUCACACCGAGAAAUUACAUAAAAUGACAACAACAAAAAGUCCAAGUCAGAAAAUUAACAGUUGCUUAUUUGUUCAUGGAUGUGUAAAUAAAAUGACCUAUACAUAAAA